AUGGCACAGCGGCUCCCGCCCCUCGUCAUCGACAAUGGUACCGGCUACACCAAGAUGGGCUUUGCCGGCAACUCGGAGCCCUCAUUCGUGUUUCCGACCGUGAUCGCGACGCGCCAGGCGGCGUCGAGUUCGAACCAGGCCCGCGGAGGACGCACCCAGCCCACACGAGUCGGCGGUGUCGAGGACCUCGACUUCUACAUCGGUGACGAGGCCAUCGCCAAUAGCCGAACCUACUCACUGCACAACCCCAUCCGCCACGGCAUGAUCGACAACUGGGACCUGAUGGAGCGCUUCUGGGAGCAGUCCAUCUUCAAGUACCUCCGUGCCGAGCCCGAGGACCACUACGUUCUUUUGACUGAACCUCCUCUCAACCCCCCUGAGAACCGUGAGAACACGGCCGAGAUCAUGUUCGAGUCCUUCAACGUCGGCGGUCUGUACAUUGCCGUCCAGGCUGUGCUUGCGCUCGCGGCAUCGUGGACUUCGUCCAAGGUCUCGGAGCGCACUCUCACCGGUGUUGUCAUCGACUCUGGAGAUGGAGUCACUCACACGAUUCCCGUUGCUGAGGGCUACGUGAUCGGAUCGUCGAUCAAGCACAUCCCCAUCGCCGGUAGCGACAUCACCAAGUUUGUGCAGCAGCUGCUGCGUGACCGCGGAGAGACGGCGAACAUUCCGCCCGAGGACCAGAUGCGCGUCGCGGAGAAGAUCAAGGAGGACUACACGUACGUGUGCCAGGACAUUGUCAAGGAGUUCCGAAAGUACGACGCGGACCCGUACCGCUACUUUGCCCGGUAUGCCGGCGAGCACUCUGUCACCGGAAGGCAAUACAACGUGGACGUCGGAUACGAGCGGUUCCUCGCUCCGGAAAUCUUCUUCAACCCCGAGAUCUACAGCUCAGAUUUCCUGACGCCUCUGCCCGAGGUUGUCGACAAUGUGAUCCAGAGCUCCCCGAUCGACGUCCGACGUGGACUGUACAAGAACAUUGUUCUGUCGGGAGGCUCGACCAUGUUCAAGGACUUUGGCAAGCGCCUGCAGCGUGACAUCAAGCACAUUGUCGACGGUCGCAUCCAGAUGUCCGAGGACCGCUCUGGCAACCUGAUCAAGAGCUCUGGCGUCGAGGUCAACGUCAUCUCGCACAAGCGCCAGCGCUACGCCGUCUGGUACGGUGGAUCGCUGAUGGCGUCUACGCCCGAGUUCUACAACGUUUCGUAUUCGCGCGCCGACUAUGAGGAGUGCGGUCCCAGCCUCGUGCGCCGGUUCUCCAUCUUCGGCUCGGCCAACUAA